GUCAUGUGUACUGUCCGCAGUCUCUGGUCAUCCCUGUGCUGUCCGCAGUCUCUGGUCAUCCCUAUGCUGUCCGCAGUCUCUAGUCAUCCCUGUGCUGUCCGCAGUCUCUGGUCAUCCCUGUGCUGUCCGCAGUCUCUGGUCAUCUCCUGUACUGUCAGCAGUCUCUGGUCAUUCCCUGCACUGUCUGCAGUCUCUGGUCAUCCCCUGCACUGUCUGCAGUCUCUGGUCAUUCCCUGCACUGUCUGCAGUCUCUGGUCAUCCCCUGCACUGUCUGCAGUCUCUGGUCAUCCCCUGCACUGUCCGCAGUCUCUGCUCAUCUCCUGUACUGUGUCCGCAGUCUCUGCUCAUCUCCUGUACUGUGUCCGCAGUCUCUGCUCAUCUCCUGUACUGUGUCCGCAGUCUCUGCUCAUCUCCUGUACUGUGUCCGCAGUCUCUGGUCAUCCCCUGUACUGUGUCCACAGUCUCUGGUCAUCCCCUGUACUGUGUCUGCAG